UCUAUAAUUCCCACUCAGCUGUUACUGGAAGUCCAGUUUCAGUUUUCCACAUGGAUCUACUCUCAAAUCUGCGGUGUUGAACAGUAGCAGAGUCGGACUGAGGAGUCGGAUUAAUUCACCUUAUCUGUCACUUUGGACCAACUUGUUGCGCAGCUGCUAUUUCUAACCUCCUCUCUCUCUCUCUCUCUCUGUGGUGCUGCAGGGUGGACAGGAGCUGCUCUUAUUCACCAGCACACAGCCGCUGUUUGUGCUUCAUCGGUGCUAUUUUCAGAAGGAUGAAGCAGUGGCUUUCUCAACUACUUUCUAACUACUUUUUUUUAGUGCGUAAAGUGUGUUUAAUAUGAUCUCAGAGACAGGGGAUGCGAGUCAUGAGCUGGACGCGUCUUUGCCACAGCAGACUGGACUGGAGCCACAGCCUCUUCUACCUCACUUUACUCCUGUGGACCAGACGCAUGACUGGACUGGCUGACUUCUCAAACUACCUGUCCAGGAUCAUCACCAGCCACUCUGCUCAGGCGUGUGACGGACACCCUCUGCGACUCCACUGUCCACGCCACUCCACCAUCUCCAUCCAGUCCGCCUUCUACGGGAGCGGCGAGGCCCAGCUGUGCAGAGCUGACCCAGACUCUCGGCUCAGAGCCCACAACCACAGCUGCUCAGCUUUUACUGCUCUACAGAAGCUGCUGUCAGAGUGUCAGAGCCACAGAGAUUGCCAGUUGCCCGUCAACCACCUGCUGUUUGGGAAGGACCCCUGUCCUGGCACCACCAAAUACCUCCAUGUGGACUACAUGUGUAAACCAACUGAACACAAAAGACAUGUGGUGUGUGAGGGGGAGAAGAUGAUGCUGCGCUGUAAGCCCCCCAGGCUUUUGAACAUCUACGCAGCUGUCUACGGGAGAAGUCUGGACCAGACUGACACCUGCCCCUCAAACCUGACAAGACCACCCCCGUUUGAGUGUCUGAACCACGAGGCCGUACACUUGGUGUCCAAGUCCUGCUACAGCAAACAGAAGUGUUCUGUUCCUGUCGGCAACCAGACCUUCAGGGACCCCUGCUUUCCAGGAACCAGGAAGUACCUCAGUGUGGUCUAUUCUUGUGUAGUACCGCAGACUUUACUAAAGGAGGCAGACCCUUCCGUAUUCAGCUCAACCUCGCCUCCUACUGUGGAAACAGAAAAAGCAGCUCCUCCUGCAGAUCUGGAGGAGCCCUUCCCCAAAGGGUCAAGAAGGCCAGACCACUCAGGAGCCAUGAUGAGCAACUCUCUCCUGACCUACGCCUACAUCAGAGAGCAUCCAGAGAUGGCAGCGCUGCUGUUCACCUCCAGCGUAUGCAUUGGACUUCUGCUCACACUGCUGGCCGUGUCGGUCCGAGUGACCUGCAGAGAGCGGAGAGAUCACAGGCUCGCACCCAGGCCUCGUAGCCAGGCUGUCAACUGCCAGGAGGAGGACGAUGAGGACGAUGAGGAUGAAGAAGAUGAUGACGACGACGAAGAGGGAACAGAAAGCUCUUUAAUCUCAACCGCUGAAAGGAAGGCGAUGCACGGCUGGGAGGAGGUGACUUAUGUGAGCGAGGCAGCAGAGCGGGCGGAGAGGAUUGAGCGCAGGGAGAUGAUCAUACAGGAGAUAUGGAUGAACGCCUAUCUGAAUGGCAGCCCAUGUUAACUAAACUGUGACCCCCGUGGGUGCUAUUCAGCACCUUCAGGAUUUUUUUUUAUCAGGAUUCUCUGCAGCAGCUCCCAGCAUUUGAUUAUUAACAAACCAAGACACUUUUUCAUUUAUUUUUUUUACACUGUAAAGCAAUUUGUCGUGUGUUUUUCCAUUUUUUGCAGGAGUUUGCUCAGUUUAUGAAAAAUGUAAUGUUUGGAUGAAACUGCAGUAACUAGCCAUAUUUGAAGGAUCAACAGGGUUUAAUGCUAUAAAAUGGGUGGUCACACAAAUUCUGUAAUUGUU